CAUCACUGCUUGUGUCGACUGAAGGCCAAAUGUCUCACCCGCAGCGCCGCUUUGAGAGACUGCUGGCUUCCCGUCCGGCUAGACUGCAAACUGCUUGCUCUUACAAGACCAAACAUUGCCGGACGUGGGCUCCCGUUGCAUCAAUACGAUUGUGGCAAGCGCAACCUGCUGUUGAUCCGGUUGCGCGACUGCCGCCUAGAGACGACAUAGCACGCCUGCACCUUCCACUUGACGAAGCCCGCCCCGCGUCAACCCUGCUUCCUGCCACGUCUGCGCCCCAUCCAACGUUUGCGGAUUUUGCCUCUGCAGCUUCGGACACGAUAUUCUUCAACAUAGCUUCCACUGAACCCCGCCGCAGCGGCAGCCAUGCUCGGCCCAGGUAAAACGGCGCCUCUGCUGCUGCAGAAUCUUCUCACAUACGACCCACGCUACGAGCCCGCCGCGGGCAGGAACCUGCUGACCUCACCGCCGCCGCAUUAUGACCCCCAUGCUGCUCCGACCUCCUCCGUCCCGCGUCGGAACUGUCGCCACGAUGUGCAGCUCAAGGAAGAGCAGAGUGAGCUUCCACAGAAAGGGGUAGAUCCGGAUGAGAACACGGUUUACAGGGUUGCUGUUUACUGCAGGAUCUGCCGAUGGCACUUCGACAUCUGGGUCGACUUCCGUGAUAAUGGCCUCCAGGACCACCCAUGCAGGAAGACAGACCUUGAGUCCCCGCUCCAUCACUUCUUGUUUUCCGGCGAGGAAGACCCGUCAAGAUCUGGAAGUCUAGGCGGCCAUACCAAACCGCGGUCGUACACCUUCUAUUGUUCAGCGGACAAAUGCCCCGUCACCCUGCGGAUACGCAUAUCGCCGCCCCGCCUCUCUGACUCCGAUAUUGCCCUACUCACGGAUCCGGCGAACCUGCGUAGGCGAUGGGAGCGUGCAAAGGAAAUCGACGGAGCCCGCGCCGAUCCUGACAUGGCCCAGCCAAUCGAGGGACCCAAUUACCUGAACACGUACCUCUUUGACAGUUUCAAUUCAACAAAAGCAAAGCCUAGGAUACCUCUUCUGAACCGGAAGUUCCUCAAGACUUUUGGACGAGACUGCGACGACAUGCUCAAGAAGCUAGGGUUUACAUUUGCGGUGGAAGUGGAUGCAGAGGGCAACAGUACAGAUGGAUGGUAUUUGCCAAGGCCUUCGGAGGCUCAGCAUCCUUUGGAUAGUCUCGAGACGACAACUCGCAACAUUAUCGAGGAUGCGCGUUAUGAACUCAACGCCAUAAUCCUAAGCUUUCCCGAAUCGGAGCGCGCGACUGCGCGUCGCAAUCCACUGGCCCUUGUCCCUGCACGCAACUACAUCGAGCUGGCUUUAGGCUGCGACGACUACGAGCUCAGGGAGGGCGGCCGGAGGGAAACCCGGAACUCACACCGCGAGGAAGACCAUCCUUACUACGCUGGCCUCGGCGCUUUGUCUGAUUUCGCUGACCGGCUGUUAAUCUUCGCAUACGAUCGUCAAGUCGCAAAUGACCCAGUUAACACACCCUACUAUUUCGAAUGCUUGAAGGAUCUGGCUAAGGGCCGCAAUAGUGAGACGCUGGAUACACAAAGUGCAAUCCUUGAGUCACAAGGAUUGUUCACCCGGCAAGAUGUUACCCAGGCAUACCGCACGCUCGGUAUAGAUCCGUCCCAUGGACCAGCUCUUAGCGACAACAUCAUCACAAACCAGUUCAAAGCUAGGUUGUCAGACAUCGGCCCCAGACAGGUUGAGGAAGCAAGGAGCGCCCUACGAAUAAUUGGCCUUGCCAGGGGUAGCGACAUGUUACAACGAGCGGCGUCAGACUCAAUAGAAACGUACGCGGAAGCGCUCGCUUGGCUGAAUCUUCCGGAUUCUGUGGAACUUUCUGGAGAUGACUUCGUCAUUACCAUGUACACAUCCAAAGUGAACGACAGUCCCCAGGAAGCCGAAACAGGACGAAUGGCAGUCAAAAUCAUUGCAGACCAUCGCAAGAGCCAGCGAUUGCGGCAAUGGCUGGAGACGGGACAAAUGGACGCCGCUGAGAUGGACGCUGCUGAAGCUUAUGCCACCUUGGGCAUCACUGACAGAUCGUCGAAACUUGACCCAAGCGUGCUGCAAACGCUGUAUGAGGGGAUGCUGUCGGAUUCUCCAGAGAACGCACAGCGGCUGGAGACUGCUCUCCAAAAGGUCCGGCAAGACCAGGAAAAUUCGUAUGGGAGCGAGCAGCAACAACCCAGCGGUCAUAAUUUUGAGUUGCACGAAUGGCCAGUGGGUUGUUGCAACAUUGGGAAUACUUGCUACCUGAAUAGCGUAUUGCAGUUCUUGUUUACCAUCAAGCCCUUGCGUGACAUGGUCAUCGACUGCGACAAGCACUUCCAGGACCUGUCGCCCGAAGCUCUGGGGCCGAAGCGCGUGGGACGGACUGCCGUUACCCGUGCGAGGGCCGAGACUGGCCAGCAAUUUGUCCGAGAACUGCAAGGCUUGUUCAAGCACAUGAUCACGGCAAGAGAACAUAACAUCCGCCCCGAGCGAUCUCUAGCUGCUUUGGCACUUACGAGGGGUGAAAGCACGAACAUUGCGAGCGAGAGUAAACCACCCACCCGUCCGUCCUCAAGGCUGGGCAAGAUCGGAGACAUGCCGGUCAGUGGGCCUAUGCUUCCACCGGGCUUCCAGAAUACGUCGAUGCCGCCCUCUCCGGCUGAUUCGGUCAUGGGUGAUGCUGAAGGCGAUGCUGAUAGUAUGAAGGCUAUGGACUUGACAGCAUCAUCAGACAAGCCAGACAACACCAUGUCCACCCGACUAGAACCACCUUCGCGUCCUCCUCCAAUUCCUCCUCGGCCACAAGCUACGGCUGACAUUGGUCUCAAAAAGCUGGAAGACGUAGCCCAACAGCAGGACGCCGCUGAGAUCCUGAACAACGUCUUUGACCUACUCUCAUGCGCUUUCCAGGGAGAAGAUGUGCUGCAGGAUGGCGAGCAAUUAGACUUAAUCAAGAGGACUUUCUUCUCAAACGUCACAACUGUGCGUAGAACUAAGGACAAGGACAUUCCAAAGUCCGAUCUUCAAGACAAUGUUCUCGUAUCGACGAAGGGUAGAGACCGGUCGAUUUGUGCCGCCCUGGACGAUGAGUUCGGCCUUACCGAACUCGAAGGUGGCGUCACCAAAUACGAGAUCUUCGAUACAGCUGCCCCAAUCCAAAUCAUCAACGUUCGACGCCUGCAGUUUGAGAAUGGCCGCGCUCGAAAAGAUGAAUCACAUCUAGCGCUGGACAAGAUUCUAUAUUUGGACAGAUACUUGAAGUCAACCAAAUCACUUUCAGAAGAGCAGUUACAAGAGCUUCGGAACCAGCAGUGGCAACUCCAGGCUGAGCUGAGAGCUCUCGAAACCCGCAAGAAGCUACUCAAAGAGACCGACUUCAAGGACGUUGAUCUCCCCGGUGUUCUAGACGAGACUGCUUGCCUCGUUACAAAGCUCGAGGGUUCGUCGCCAGAGGCCGCUGGUGAAUCUCUGCAGGCAUCUCUAGAGCAGCGCGACCCCAGCCCGGUACCUCAGGAGGGAAUCGCGGACCAGCUCAAUAAGCGCGCCGAUGAACUCCGUCCCGAGCUCACCGACAUCCACGAUCGCAUGGAGAAGCUGGAGAAGCAGAUCGAUUCCGUCUUUGAGGAUUGCAAAGAUCACCCGUAUAGACUACAUGCCAUAUUCAUGCAUGCAGGCUCCCACAGCGGUGGCCAUUAUUGGAUUUACAUCUACGAUUUCCAGAACGACAUUUGGCGCAAAUAUAACGACGAAACGGUCACUCUGGAAUCCGAAGAGACCAUCCUCAAGAAGGUUGUCCAGGUUCGACCACCCACAAGCACCGGUAUCGUGUACGUCCGCGACGAUGUGGCCACUGAGUACACCGAAGCCUUGCACCGUGACCUGCAGGAAGUCAAAGGCUCGCAGAGUGGCGAGACUCAGCAUGGUGACGUAGAGAUGAUGGAUACUCCGUCAACGAAUGUGGUGAACAUGGACGAUUACACGAAUCUUGAGGUCGUUGAAGGACGGGAGAUGUAAGGGUCGCAAGGCAUACGCCUCGAUCUGCCCUUGUGGCAUGAAGCACGAUUAGCACCUUCUUGCUGUGCUAAUCGUACUCGUUAGGCCCACCCCACUUAGUUCACCCGAUUCUCAAGUUGACUCUCCUC